GGAGCCGCGCCUGCCCGGGCCCGGAGCGGGCGGGAGGGAGGAGGCGGCGGCCGCAGGGAGGGCGCUGCGCCCUGCGCCGCGAUGAAGCGCCCGUGCGAGGAGACGACCUCCGAGAGCGACAUGGACGAGACCAUCGACGUGGGGAGCGAGAACAACUACUCGGGGCAAAGUACUAGCUCUGUGAUUAGAUCAAAUUCCCCAACAACAACAUCUCAGAUUAUGGCAAGAAAGAAAAGGAGAGGGAUAAUAGAGAAAAGGCGGCGAGAUCGGAUAAAUAACAGUUUAUCUGAGUUGAGACGACUGGUGCCAACUGCUUUUGAAAAACAAGGAUCUGCAAAGUUAGAGAAAGCUGAAAUACUGCAAAUGACGGUAGAUCAUUUGAAGAUGCUUCAGGCAACUGGGGGUAAAGGCUACUUCGACGCGCACGCCCUGGCGCUGGACUUCAUGAGCAUCGGCUUCCGGGAGUGCCUGGGCGAGGUGGCGCGCUACCUGAGCUCCGUGGAGGGCCUGGACUCCUCCGACCCGCUGCGGGCGCGCCUCGUGUCGCACCUGAGCACCUGCGCCUCGCAGCGGGAGGCGGCGGCCGUGACGUCCUCGCUGGCGCCCCGCCCCCCGCCGCCGCCGCAGCCCUGGGCCGCCGCGCUGCCGCCGCUGCCCGCGCUGCUGCCGCCCGGCCUGCCCGCGCCCGACGGGCCCGCGCCGCUGCUCGCCGCCUUCGCGCACGCCGACUCGGCGCUGCGGCUGCCCGCGGGGGCGGGGGGGGCCGCGGCCGCCUGCGCGCCGCUGCUGUCGCUGUCGGCCACCGUGCACGCGGCCGCCGCCGCCGCCACCGCCGCGGCGCACAGCCUGCCCCUGUCCUUCGCGGGCGCCUUCCCGGGGCUGCCCCCGAGCGCCGCGGCGGCCGUGGCGGCCGCCACCAUCAGCCCGCCCUUGGCCGUGGCGGCGGCGGCGGGCCCGCAGCCCGCGGGCGGGGGGGCGGGCGGCAAACCCUACCGGCCCUGGGGGACCGAGGUGGGAGCCUUCUAG